AUGGCGUCGAAACUCUUCCCCGGUGACCCCGAAAAGGUCCUGGUCAUUCGAGACAUCCCCAACACUCCCAUCACCACACUCAGCGUGCCGUUUCUACGCUUUGGGCGCAUCAAGUUCGGCGGCCGUGCCACUCUAGUCAAGCUACAAACCGGGGACGUGGCCGUCUUCUCCCCCGUCGCCCUGACCUCGGCAGUCAAGGCCAAAGUCAACGCGCUGGGACCGAUCAAAUACAUCAUCGCACCAGACGUAGAACACCACCUGCUGGUCGAGACGUGGGCGAAAGAAUACCCCGAAGCUGAACUGUUCGGACCCGAAGGUCUUCCCGAGAAACAUCCAGGACUCAAGUUCUCGCACGUCUACACUGCCAAAGUCAGGACCGACAUGCCCACGACAGCCGAGUUCGACAAGGAGUUUUCGUCCGAGUAUUUCCCCAUGCACCCUAACAAGGAGCUUGUGUUUUAUCACAGACCCACCCGGACCAUGAUCGAGGCAGAUCUUCUCUUCAAUCUACCUGCCACGGAACAGUUCUCCAAAUCUGGCGUCGACCCAAAAUCCGGCCUCCUGACGAAACUGUUCGGCGGCAUCAUGAACACGAGAGGCGACAUGGUCUGGCAGAAGCGCUUUCUGUGGUAUGCGGCCAGCAAAGGGGACCGUGCGGGAUUCGCUGAAUCGGUCAAGAAGAUCAAGUCCUCAUGGGACGUGGAGCGCAUCAUCCCGUGUCACGGUGAUGUGAUCGAGACGGGUGGCAAAGCCAUCUUCGAUAAGGCCAUGGCUUGGUUUUAUCAAAAGUACUAG